AUGGAGUCAAUAUUACCAGAAGUAGCCUAUCUUCAAAACAGGAUUGGUCAGCUUAUCGUCGAGAAUGAAGAGGUUUCAAACAAAUUUGAAAACCUUACUAUGGAUUCAAAUACAAUCAUCAAAUAUUUAAAAAAGAAAGUUGAAGACCAGGAUGAAAAUAUUGCUCGAAUGGAAGAGAACAUGGACUAUCAGAAUGAUCUAAUUCUAAAGAACUAUGAAAGUAAAUUGAGUGAUUUAAAAGAGAAACAGAUUGAAUGGGAAAAGGAGAAGAUUGAUCUUAUAGCUCAGACAACUAUCAUAAAAACACAAAUUGGCCAAUAUGAAAGGAUGAAUUGUGAAUUGAAAGAGCUGAAAGAAAACAAUAAUUGUCUGCAAAUGCAAUUAGAACAACAACAAAGAAGUAUUGAAGCUGAAAAAGAAUCUUUUGCCAAUAAUCGUAAAAAAAUGAAAGAAAUACUUCGAAACGAAAUUAAGAAUGAAUUAAUGAUUGAAAUAGAAGAUAUCAGAUCAGAAAUAGAAUUGCAGAAGGAAACAGCCAUGAAAACUUCUUGUAAAAUUAUUGAAAAGCUGGAAGGAGCUAUUCUCACAAAAAACAUGGAGAUAGAGCAGGAAAAGGAGAAGGGCAUCAAAUUGCAUGACCUUUUGCAAGAAAGCGAGACGCGAAUUCAGAACUUAAUUGAGGAAAAUACAAAACUUCAUCAGCUGUUAGAAGGGACAGGCAAACGAGCGGAAAAGCAGCUGCGAGAAGCGAACAAACGAGCUGUGGAGUCGGAGAAGAAGAGACUGAAAGCUGUUAACGACACAAAACUUAUAAUUGACACUUUGAAGUCAGAGGCUCGUGAUGCCGAACAGAAGUUGAAAGAGCAAACGAAUCGUUGUGCUAUCCUUGAAAGGAACUUAAACGAGGAGCAAAUGAUGAGAAAUACAAUUACUACAGACUUCAUGGAUCAAAACAAAAAACUAAAGCAGUUGAAAGAGUUUCUGAUGUCAUGUUUAAAGGAGUCAAACGAUCUUACAGAAGAAGUACUUGGAGAAAACCGUCAAGCUAUUUAUUCAACCUUAACGCUCUUGAUCAGUCGCAUCCCACUAAUGAAAGAUGAUAAUUGA